GAAACCGUCGGCAUUAUUGGAUCGAUUCUGGGUGAACAUCAAUGUUCUUCUGCUGAUAAAUGCAUGUAAGUCCUCAUAAAUGCAUGUAAGUCCUCCCCUCCACAUAUUUUUAUCCACUCAAGUUCAGUCAUCUGAGGUAAGCUAUAAACCGAGCGGCGGCAGAAAACGACAGCGAUGAACAGACUGAGAUGGAUCGAAGAGAGAGACAUGUCUACUCCGGUGACACUAGAAGCCAUGGCACGAGCCAUUUUCUACGACCCUCUUCCUCUAGGUCUCUCCCGGAACACGUCUCUCUCGCCCGAAGCAAGCAGAGUUCUUCCACUGCUUCAUGGCCACACCUCUCAUCCCUUCCUUCUUUUCUCUCCAUGGUGGCUUCUCUCUCCAAAAAGUUUGUGUCUCUUCUGGGUCAGUUCGAUGUUCAAAGAUUCAUGUCUGAGAUGAAAAAGAGUGAAGCUUUUGUUCGUGGGCUAGCUUCUCGGUUAAACACACUUGGCAAACAUUUAAAGGAUAAGUCUUUAUACGCGUUAGGUUUCUGCUCUGAGUUGUUGUUAACACCAGAGGAUACUUACUUCUUACCUGAUACUUACAAAUGUGAUCCUAAGAAGAAUUCAAGAGCUAAAUUUCCACUUCAUAAUUUGACAGCAGCACCGGUUUGGCUAUAUGUGGAUAAAGAUGGUGAAUAUUGGGAUGUGCCUAGAGAAGCUAUUGAUUUAGCUUCUCUUCCUGCUGAGUCUGGUCUAAGUUACCGUUUAUGUUUGCAUCAUAACAGUGGAACGCCGAAGAAGUUUAAUGCUGAUGCUGAUGUGGAUGUGCCUCCAGCUUCUCUGCUUUCUGGUUUGUCUCUAAAAUUUCCGGUUUCUUACAGGACUAACAUGGAUCUCUGGAGGGGUAUCACUCCAAAGCUAGAAACCUGCAAGCCUUAUGACAUCUUUCUCAGUUUUCCUCAUGUCUCAGUAUCUGGAAUCAUCGGUGCUGGAGGGUUCUCUCUUCAUUUACCAUCUGUAAACUCCGGAUUCAUGGCUGAUGCCUUAGAACGUGCAUCACUCACAGCUCAAUAUGGAAACUUUCAGAAGCUCUUCUUUGAUCUUACACGUUUCCAACGCUAG